GAAGAUUUGUCCAGAGUCACAAAGGAGAUGACACCAUCUCACCGCCUUGACCUGUUGACUGAUGCCCUUUUGCAUUAUGGACGGAGGAAAUCAACUGACCUAGGUUUGUCCACAGCUGAUCACACACAGAUAGCAUAAGUCAGCAUAAGUAAAUUAAAGAUGCCGCUCCUGCAAAGACUAGACAAAGCAGAGAAAAUAUCGAUUCUCGCUCAAGAAGACAUCUCAUCUGUCAUCAGGGAAGCACCAGUGUUGGUUUCUGAGGGAGACAUGGAGAAAUGGAAGAAAAGGGAGAUGGAGCUAGCCCAGCAGAAACAGAAACCAAUAAACACUGUCUGUAGAUGGAAAAGGGACUACAUCAUCAAGCUGAUUCAGUUCUACAAGUUCAAAUCUGGGACUUGUGAGCCAUACAUGGAGUGUGAAACAGAAAUUGAGGACUCUCUGCUGAACAUGGAGAAAAAACACCGGAUUGGGAGAAGAUGGCAAGAAUCUGAUUCAGACUUCCAGUCUACCCUUAAAGAUGUUGACUGUGAGCUCAGAGGUCAGCUGAUCUGCAAGGCUAGAACUGAAUCAAGGGAGAGAGCAGUCCUCCUCCAUCUGAAAAGAAAAUAUCCAGAUGGGCAGGGCAUUGCCAUUAGACUGUCCAAGCAGGUAGCCAGCUCCAACAAGAGACUGAGACAGGCAAUAAAAGAAUACAACAGCAUUCAGUGGCCACCGCAGAUGAGCAUCUUCCCUGCAACAAUUGAUUUUCAGGAAGCAUGUGAUCCCUCUUGGCAUGUCUACUUCUGCUUUGAUGACACUAUUGAAGAAGAUAAUGUUUCGAGGAGUCUAAAAAGGCGAGGGAUUGAUGCCUUACAUAUGAAGACACGAGCAGCUGAGGAAAAGCACAUGCUUUACCAGGAAAUGAGAACUAUAGCUGAACACCUCCAUCAGCAGCAUGCCAUUCUGUGCUCUGCCAUCAAAGACACAGAUCAGCCUGGAGCAAAAGCUGCUCUCAUCCAACGUCUCCAUCAGCUGGAAAGAAAACGACAUCAAGCCACUGUGAUGUUUCACCCACAUGUACCAGACAUUGUUCCUGCAGACAAGCCCUACUUGUUUCAGGCCCUCCCCAUGUCAAGCAUACAGAUACUGGUAUACAAUGAUGAUGAUGAUAAUGAUGACAGUGAGGAUGAUAAUGAGGAUGACAAUGAUAACUAG